AUGUCAUUGAUCUCUAAAGAAGCAUAUUCUAGCAGAACAAAAUUUCAUAGUAAAAGCCCAAUUGCGCAGAAAAAGCCUAUGCGCUCCUCGACCCCGAUAAAGUCUCCAGAAAAACCUAAAAAUCUUUUGAAAUCCCCUAUAAACAAAACUCCUCCUCCAAAAGUUGAAAUUAAUCUUAUGGACAUCUCUAAAAGUCCGCUGCAUAUAGAAAAAACAGUCAAAAAUAAUUUUCCAGCUCCCCAAGUGAAACUAAAGCUAAUUCACAACAAAAUCGAGGCAGAAGAAGCCAGUGAAAAGAUUUCGCUUAUAAAAGCGGCAAAAUCAAUAACCCCAGAACAAAGAAAUGUAUAUUCUUCUUUUUUAAAAGAAAAUCAGUCCCAAAGCAAAAUUGAAGAGGUUUAUGAAGAAGACGAGUCAAGCCCGACCAGCACGACAACAACAGACGAGUUUCCUGAUAAAAACAUAGCGGAUAUUAUGAAAUAUUUAAAUGUGUCAGGAGAUGUCAGAUUGAUACCGCGUGCAAAGCCAGGAAAAAUGCCGAAAACAGUGCUAGUUAUUGACGGCGACUCAGCAACACUUUAUGAUGUAAAAAUUGAAUCUUUUUCCGAUAUGUAA